AUGGAAGCGCGGCAGCUGAAACGAGACGUCAAGGCGCUGAUUGGGGACUACAUCGGGCAGAAACUGAGAGAAAACUCUUUUGAUCCUCAGGGGAAGGGGACGAGCACCAUGCUGGACGACCUGGCACACUAUGACCUGGCCAUCAGUGUGGCUCUAUGGUGGUUGAACAGAGACGAGGGACGAGACGUCCUGGAUGGAGACAUCAUUGGAGCAGCGAGCAGCUCGGGCAGCGCUCAGUACCCCGACCGUCUGGAGCGAGAGGCCAUGAUCCUGUCGUCCUUCGCUGGGAUCAUUAUGAGCAGCCUGCCGGUGGAGGAGAUCCUCUCUCUGUACAGAUGUAAACCAGCUGCUUCUUUCCCCAACCAGCAGUCCAAGGGCUCUCUGGUGCAUCCCUUCACUCUGUCCUACCACCCGUUCGCCAUGCUCGGCUCUUAUAAAGCUGUGACCCACUCCAAGAAACACAGUCAGAGGUUGAAGCGAUGGCUGUCUGGAAGGCAGAAGGCUCGAGUCCCGCCUGGACCAGAGUCAGCGCGCUCUUCAUCCUCCUCUUCCUCCUCGUGUCACUCCUUCCUCACUGACAACAGUGACCAGAGAGAGGAACGAGCCGAGUACUACGAGGCUUCACUGGACACUCUGCACGACUGACUUCAUCCUGCCUCUUUAACACACUUUAUACUGUUACACUGACUUCAACUUACCUUCACUUCUUGAAGAAAUCAAUCGAUCAAUCGCAGUUGAUGGGGGCAGCAAGUUUACAAACUUUCACACAGAAUAUUUGAAGUCUCAUUCAUCCACUUUUAAGCUCACUACUUCCAUAACACACGUAGUUUUGUGUUUGUGUUGGAAGUAUAAAUAGGUUUUC